AUGCCUUUACGUAAAAGCAAUGCGUAUUUAUCGUUAGUGAACAGUUAUUUAAUAGACAGUCCACAACCUAGCAGUAUUAAUUACUGAUGAAAUGUAGGAAGUUUAUUAGGUUUAUGUUUAGUUAUACAAAUACUUAGUGGAUUAUUUCUUGCAAUGCAUUAUUCGUCAAAUACUUCAUUAGCAUUUGAUUCAGUUGAACACAUUAUGAGAGAUGUUAAUGCUGGUUGAUUAAUAAGGUAUAUUCACGCCAACGGUGCUAGUUUCUUCUUUAUCUGUAUGUAUUUACAUAUAGGUAAAGCUUUAUAUUAUGGUAGUUAUCGUCAACCUAGAGUUUUAUUAUGAACUAUAGGUGUAAUUAUCUUAAUAUUAACUAUGGCUACUGCAUUUAUGGGUUAUUGUUUAGUCUAUGGUCAAAUGAGUUUAUGAGGUAGUACUGUAAUAACUAAUUUAUUAUCAGCUAUACCUUUUGUCGGUAAUGAUAUUGUACCAUUUAUAUGAGGUGGUUUUAGUGUAGGUAAUCCAACUAUACAACGUUUCUUUGCUUUACAUUUCUUAUUACCAUUUAUAUUAGCUGCAUUAGUUUGUAUGCAUUUAAUGGCAUUACAUGUACAUGGAUCAUCUAAUCCACUAGGUAUAACAGGGAAUGUAGAUAGAAUACCUAUGCAUCCAUAUUUUAUAUUUAAAGAUCUUAUAACUGUAUUUGUAUUCUUAAUUAUAUUCUCAUUAUUUGUAUUCUAUUCACCUAAUACUCUUAAUCAUCCUGAUAAUUAUAUACCUGCUAACUCUAUGGUUACUCCUCCAUCUAUUGUUCCUGAAUGAUACCUAUUACCUUUCUAUGCUAUUCUUAGAUCUAUACCUGAUAAAUUAGGUGGGGUUAUUACUAUGUUUGGUGCUUUAUUAAUCUUAUUAGUUUUACCUUAUACUGAUAGAUCUGUUAUUAGGGGUAACUCUUUUAAAGUUUUAUCUAAAGUAAUGUACUUUAUUUUUAUAUUUAACUUUAUAUUAUUAGGUAACUUAGGACAAUUACAUGUAGAAGUUCCAUUUAUAUUCCUAGGUCAAGUAGCUACUGCUUUCUACUUUGCAUACUACUUAAUUAUAGUUCCUGGUAUCUCUAUACUAGAAAAUAUACUAUUCUAUCUAGGUGUUAAUCGUUAA